CUUGAUAUUCCAAAAAGCAUCUUUGAUUUCGUUCAUUUUUCUCCUUCUCAGAAAUUGUUCAACUCCCUCUUUGAAAUCAAAGCCAACUAUGGGUAGCAACUUCUCAAUCCCAGCUUCAUGCGACGCUGUCAUUACCCGUUGCGGUGAUUAUGUUACCGGACAAGCACAGUUUGUAUGCAAGCUUGAAGAAAACGUAGAAGCUUUAAAAACUGCAAUAGCAGAAUUGACGGCUUUAAGGGAUGAUGUGAUCAGAAGGGUAGAAAUAGCUGAAGAUCAGCAACAGCUGAAGCGACUACACCAAGUUCAAUGCUGGCUUUCGAGGGCAGAAACUUUGAUUACGGGAGCUGAUUCGUUGACGCUGAAAAGUCCUCAGGAAAUUAAGAAAUUAUGUAUGGGAGGUUGUUGUUCUAUGAGUCCCAAGUCCAACCUGAAGUUUGGGAAGCAAAUUGCCAAAAUCCGAGAUGUUGUGGAUCAUAAGAGCAAGGGAGUUUUUGACAAGGUGGCUGAGGAGGAACCAACACCUCUAGUGACUGAACGACCAACUGAGCAUACUGUUGGUUUGGAAUCCACAUUCGAUAGGGCUUGGAGCAUCCUUGAAUCUGAACAAGUGCAAAUUGUUGGCCUGUAUGGCAUGGGAGGGGUUGGCAAGACAACCCUCCUGAACAAAAUUAACAACAAGUUUUGUGAACCCCCAAAUCGAUUUGAUGUAGUUAUUUGGAUUGUAGUACCUAAAGGGCUUUAUAUUGGAAAGGUCCAAGAUGACAUUGCUAAAAGGGUGGGAAUACUGAUGGGAACAGGGCAGGACAAAACUCCAGAGGAAAAAGCUCGAAACAUCUUCAGGGUUUUAAAGGAAAAGAAAUUUGUUAUAUUGUUAGAUGAUAUAUGGGAGCGAGUUGAUCUAUCUAAGGUUGGGAUACCUCUCCCAACUCGAGAAAAUGGUUCCAAGCUAGUUUUCACAACUCGUUCCAUCAAGGUGUGUGGCCAAAUGGAAGCUCAUAAGAAGAUUGAAGUGCGGUGUUUGCCUGAAGAAAAAGCUUGGGAGUUAUUUCAAGAGAAAGUUGGUGAAGAAACACUUGAUAGUAAUCCAUGUAUUCGUGAGUUGGCUCAUGAAUUGGCCAAAGAGUGUGGAGGACUACCUCUCGCACUUGUCACCAUUGGUCGUGCCAUGGCUUCGAAGAACAAAGUUGAAGAAUGGAAAUAUGCAAUUGAAGUGUGUCGUAGAUCAUCCACCACUGUUUUUCCAGACAUGGGUGAAGAGGUAUAUCCACUUCUAAAAUUCAGUUUUGAUUCUCUUCCCAAUGACAUGUUUCGAACUUGCCUCUUGUACUGUAGUUUGUUCUCAGAGGACUACCAAAUUGAUAAAGAUGAGCUUAUAGAUUUCUGGAUAGGAGAGGGGUUUUUGGAUGGACAUGGGAAUCAAGUCUAUGCUCGAAACCAAGGCCACCACAUCAUUGGUUGUCUUCUUCAGGCAUGUUUAUUGGAAGAAAUAGAUGAACUUAGCAUAAAGAUGCAUGAUGUGAUUCGUGACAUGAGUUUGUGGAUAGCACGUAAGUGUGAAGAAGAAAAGUGGAGGUUUUUUGUGGAGGCAGGUUAUCAAUUAACUAAGUUACCAGAAGUUCAGAAUUGGGGAAGUAUACGCAGGAUGUCAUUGAUGAAGAACAGGAUUGAAAAUCUAGUAGAAGCACCUAACUGUCCUGAUCUCCAAACUCUGUUUCUUAACGAUAAUCAGUUGAAGGUGAUCAAUAAUGACUUCUUCCAAUUUAUGUGUGGCUUAAAAGUUCUAAACUUGUCAUACAAUAGAGAUAUAGAAGAAUUGCCAGUGGGAAUUUCGAAAUUGGUGUCUCUGGAAUGUCUCGAUCUCUCCCAUACAAGGAUAAGACAGCUACCAAUUGAAUUGAAGGCUUUAGAAAAGCUUAAAUGCUUGAACUUGGAAUCCUGUGAGUCUACCAUAAGAAUUCCAAGACAGUUGAUAUCUACUUUUUCAAAGUUGCAAGUAUUGAGAAUGUUUCGCUGUGAUUAUUCUUUGGGCCAGGAAGUGGAAGAUAAUAGUGAAUGUUUGGUGGAAGAAUUGAAGUGCUUGAACCAUUUGAAUGUGUUGACUGUCCCUAUAACAAGUGCUUUGGGUCUCGAUAGACCUUUUGAGUACUGAAAGGUUAUGCAGCUGCACUUUAAAUAUUCAGCUUAAAUUGUUAAAGGACUCGAAGCGAUUGAAUAUUUUAUCUUUAGCGAAUAUGAAGAGUCUAGAAUUUCUAGAC